CUUUGCUUUUUUUCUGCUAGGAGUCUUUUGGAAUGUGUGGAAGAGGCUUUGAUGGAAAGUCUAACAAGUCUAACAAUCAAGAGGGCUCCUUCAACAGAGGCAGGGUCCAGCACCUUCAAGCGGUCAGCGACGGUCAAUCCCUCGCCAGUGUCCACCCAGCCAUCCCUCCAGGACAUUGCCAGCAGUGACCAGCUGAGCAGAGCCAACGCCAACUGCCAGGAUGUAGGGGAGCUCAAUAUGAACUCCAUGCCGGACAGUGCAGGACAGCAGGGCAGUGAACAGUCUGCAGACGCCCCGCUCUCUCCAGAAUGGGCCACACUAAGGAGGAAAACAGACAACUCGGGUGCUGGGUGUCACGGGCUACCACCUACUCCCAAAGUGCACGUAAGUGAGCAGACUUGAGCCACGGCUGCCUCUCUCAGUGUGUGCACUGCGCCGCAGGCUCUUUAAAGGAAUAUAUUUCAUCUACGUCAUCAUUAAAUUGAGGGGGCUGAGUUGGCAUGGCUUUUUAGUAAAACGAAAAUCAAACUGCUAAUGCUGGAGUGCGAAAUGGAAGUUUCUACUACAGGUAAAAGGAAAAGCUCCCUGGUUUCUU